AUGCAAUUGAAUCUCUCGUUUAUGAUGUUCUUCAAUUCUAGAAUUCUCGAAUUUCGAAGCUUACUUUCCAAAUCACGGCAAACGCCUGAUAGUAUGGAACAAGUUUCAGACUUAGUGAUGGAAAGUGUUUUGUGGGUCUUUUGUUUUCCAGGAGAGAAAGGAAUCGGUGUGCUCGUUGAUCCAAAACUCCUUCCACCGCGUGAACGGAAAAAGUACGAAGAAGGUUGGUUUAGACACGCAUUCAAUCAGUUCAUAAGUGACCGCAUCAGCGUCCGACGAUAUCUGACUGACGUACGCGAAGGGCUAUGUCGAACACAGAAAUUCCCAGCCAAUCAGCCCGCAACAGCCGUGGUCAUUUGCUUCCACAACGAAUGUUGGUCCACCUUGUUACGUUCGGUACAUUCUGUACUGGAUACUGUACCUGAAAACUUGCUGAAGGAGAUUGUAUUGGUCGACGAUUUUUCUACCUACGAGUAUUUAAAAAGCCCGCUGGAUCGAUAUAUGAAGCAACUGAAGAAGGUAAAAGUGAUUCACACGGACAAACGGGAAGGCUUGAUUCGAGCAAGGAUGAUUGGAAUGAAUGCAUCGACCGCGGAAAUCCUAACUUUUCUGGAUUCCCAUAUUGAGUGUAACAAAGGUGAGUUCUUUAAAAGUUCUUCAAAAUUUGCGUUUUUAGCCAAUUCAUUUGGUACUAUGCUAUUGUCUGAGGUGCUUAAGCGGGAAACUCAAUAG